AUUGUCCUUUGACAUUAACUUGACCAAUGAGCUACUAAGACAGGCCACGAAACGUGUGCAUAUUCAUAACCCCUGGAUCGGUGCCUUUCAUUUGCCUGCUAAGCUGCUCGUCUGGUUACAGCUGCCCAUCCGAGCAGCGGACCGGGCUACCUUGACGGGGGAGGGGUGAGGGGGAGCUCUUUAUAAACCCGCUGCCGCCGUGCCGAGCACCAGAUUCUGACGGACCAUCCAGCUCAUCACAUCACAUCAUGAAGAUGUUCGCGUUCCUGCUGGUGGUGGCUGUGGCCGCGGCGGCUCCCCAGUUUGAUCAGCAGCAGUUUGUCAGCCAGCCGCAGGUGCGCAUUCUCAGCCAGAAAAACGAACAGGACCAGAUCGGCAACUACGAGUACGCCUACGAGCAGGACAACGGACAGAGGGUGCAGGAAGUUGGCCGUGUCGCGCCGGGCUCCCAGCCCGAGACUGGCUCCAUCGAGCAGCAGGGCAGCUUCGAGUUCGUCGGUGACGACGGCAACACCUACCGGGUGGACUACACCGCCAACGAGGGUGGCUUCCAGCCGCAGGCCCCUCACCUGCCAGUGGCGCCGGCCCAGAUUCCCGAGUACGCCCAGCUGAGGCAGGAGCACCCGGAGCUGUUCUGGGCCGAGAGCGGAGGAGCCGUCAUCCAGCAGCAGCCGCAGCAGUUCUUUUAGAAGGUCAUAAGUCAUUAUAUCUAGUCACAUGCGGAUGAAUGUGAUGCCUGUCUCGGUGCCUUUUGUACAAUCGAGCUGUUCAGCCUUGGAAGACGCCGUGAGAUACUCUGCGCUGUUGAUGCACGCUGCUCAGUGAAAUACAAA